AGUGUUGUAUACAAAAACACAAUGCCCAUCCAUGUUUCAGAUGGAACGCCAGGGCAAACAGGCAUUGGAACAGCAAUCUUCAAAAGAGAGAGAAAAACUGACCAUCAACAAACGUUGGACGAAGCGCGAAGAAGCGGAUUUCUUCAGAGUGGUAUCUUCAUACGGUGUUAUCUACUACCGCAAGAAAAAAGCCUACGAUUGGACGAGGUUCAAACAGUUGGCAAAGCUGGAGAAGAAGUCAGAUGAAGAACUGACGGAGUACUACAAGAACUUCGUCAUUAUGUGCAAAAAGCAGACGGGGAUGAAUGUAGACGAGAGCAGCUACGACAACACGAUCGAGCAUAUUGUUGAAGAAAAGGCCAGAAGGACGUUAGAGAGAUUAGAACUUUUGUCUAGAAUCAGAGAGGAAGUAUUGACCCAUCCAAAACUCGACGAGAGGUUAAGAGUAUGCUUGGUGUCUGCAGAUAUGCCAGACUGGUGGAUACCUGGAAAGCAUGAUAAGGAUCUACUCUUGGGAGUUGCCAAACAUGGCUUGGGCCGAACGGAUUAUUAUCUCUUGAACGACCCAGAUCUGUCAUUCCACGAAGUACUUAGGAAAAAAGUUCGUUCUAAUUCUCUGGACAGCAAGGAGGCUAUAAAAUUGGAAAGUCACGAGGACAUUCUCAAAUUUGACAAAGAUGAAAUCCUUGUAAAACUAGAGAAAGGCGAGGGGACUUUAAAGAUAGAAAAGGUUGCUGUGAAAAAAGAAACUCUGGAAGAGAAGAAAUCCGGGGACGAAGAUAAAGUGAAUCUCACCUUAGUGAAGGGUGACAAAUGCGAAACCAAAGAGCAGCUAGACGAAACAGUCGGUAUCUCUGAACAAAAAGAUGAGGAAGAUAAAGAACCUGUAAAGGAGGGCGACGAAGACAAAGAAUCAAUGAAAAAAGAGUCAGACACCAAAUCCGAAUCAGAGAAAUUCGAGUCUGACACUGAAUCGAAGAAGUCUGAAGUUGAAGAUCUAUGCAAGACGAAGGUGGAGAAGUCGAAAUCCCCGCCACCGAAAACGCCAUCUACAGACCCUGAAACAGACCUGUGUUCAAAGCAGGCCGCCGAGCUGAAGGCGAUGUUUCCAGACUUAGAGGUGAUCCAGCCGCUUUCACGGCUCUCCCAGGUAGACACGUUCGUCCUAAGGGAUAAACAAGCCAGUGGAGCAUUGGACUUUAGCGAAACCACCGUGGCUCAAUUGUUCAACAACGCUGUCAAGUGGCCUAAAGAGUAUGCUAUCCAGUAAACUAUGGCGUCUUUACCAAGCGAUAAUGAAGAUGAGAAUCUGAGCGAUUCUGACGAUGAUUAUGUGCCGUCCAAGCCAGGCUCAGAUAACUCCACAAGUAGUGACAGUGAAGACGAUUCAGAAGAUGACCAACCACUGAGCAAUUUUUUUGCAAAGGGGACACCAAAAUAUCAGUGGAAUAAAGUUAGUGUUUCUUUGGCGCCAUAUACGUCACAAAACCUAGACGACGAGCCUGAAAUAGGAAGACCCAUACAUUAUUUUCAGUUAUUUUUCUCAGAUGAGCUAUUAGAUCAAAUUGUAGAACAAACUAAUUUAUACGCUUGCCAAGUUGACCCGAAUAGACCACUCAACCUUGCUCGAUCUGAAUUAGAAGUCUUCUUAGGAACUGUUGUUUAUAUGUCGAUUCCUGGUUUACCGAGACAUAGACUUUAUUGGAGUUCUGCCACCAGAGUUUCACAGGCAGCCGACUCCAUGUCCAGAAAGCGGUGGGAACAAAUAAAGAAAAACCUUCAUUUCAAUAAUAAUGAGAACCUACCAAAAGAUCGAAAUGAUGUCAAUAGAGACAAGCUGUUCAAACUUAGACCCUUCCUGGAUAAUUUACAGCAAAACUUCGCAAAUCAAGUAAAACCUGAAAAACUCUGCGUGGAUGAACAAACAGUUCCAUUCAAAGGACGCUCUUCCCUAAAGCAAUAUAAUAUAAUCCCAAAAACCCAAUAAAUAAAAUUUUUAUUGCAUGCGACAAAGAUGGCCUUAUCCACAAUUUUGAGGUUUACACCGGAAAAAUACUACCAGUACCUGGGAAAGACGACAUAGGGGCAAGUGGAAACAUAGUCCUACGACUAGCAGCAGUUAUUCCCAAGCACAAAAAUCAUUUUUUGUUUUUUGAUAAUUGGUUUACUUCUCUGAAGCUUCUAACUACAGUAUACAAAGAUGGAAUCUACAGUUUGGGAACUGUAAGGCAAGAUAGAAUUCAUGGCCUUACGUUUUCAAGCGAUAAUAUUAUGGAAAAAAAAGGCCGAGGCACUUACGAGGAGUAAGAAGCUACCAUAGAAGAUGUAAAAAUAUUUGCGCUUAAAUGGUUUGAUAAUAAAAGUGUCUGUCUGGCGAGCACUUUUUACCGGUAAGAGAAUAUAAUCUUUUUAUGGGUGGUGUAGAUUUGCUUGCUAGAUGGGCUUAUAUCCUAUUAUAGGAUAACACUAAGAAGUCGAAAAUGGUACUUGAAAAUAUUUUUUCACUUCAUUGACUUGUUAUACUUACUGCCUGGAUUCGCUACAAAGCUGAUAUGCAGAUAGCAGGGUUGGAGAAAAAAGAUAUAUUAGAUUCGCUUGAUUUUCGCGCUGAAGUUGCUGAGGGAUUAUGCCUUUUGAGGACGAGUGAAAAUACACGAAAACGAGGAAGACCAAGUAGAAGUAUUGAAAGAAAUUUUGAAGAAAAAAAGAAAAGGAGCCAAACAAAGCCCAUACCGCAGUUUGACGUGCGAACUGACCAAAUAGGUCACUUCCCUUGUGAAAAAGAACAAAGUCAGAGGCGCAAAAAGCCAGGUUUUGUCGGACUGAAAACAUUUUUUCCUGCAUCAAAUGUAAUGCAUACUUAUGUAUAAAUAAGAAAAGGAACUGUUUUGGUGAAUUUCAUAUUCAAGAUGAUUGACCUUUGUUCCAAAACCGGAACGUUGACUUGUUUUUUUUGCUAAAGAAAAAAU